UUUGCCAGCUCUAUCAGUAGGAGUCUGCAAACUUGGUCUGUCGACUGUUAUCUUCUUGCCAGUCGCUCUCUUUCACUACUAGCAUGCCCUUUUUCGAGCUAAAAUCUCAAAACUUGGAACGAUAUUAGGGUUUAUAACAUCCCGAUUCCCUAAUACUUGUUCUAAUGGAAUCAAUUUCAUGGUCAUCUUCUCACAUUUACCUCAAUAACAGAACCCAUGUCUCUCUUCCGUUCCACUUGUCGUCAACGAAUCCUUCAAUCCUUUCUUUCCAUUAUCGUCACACGACAUUUUCUGCCUUGAAAAUUAGCAGAGGUGAUAUCAGCCCCCAGCAGGGUGGGGCUGCUUACUCCGCCGCUGAUUUAUUGAGAAAGCCGGCCGUGGAGGUGAAGGACUAUGACAGAGGGUUUUCGAAAGGGGAAUCUGAAUGCGAAGAUGAUGAGGCAAUGGAACGAGUGGAAGACAGCUGGGUGGAUUGGGAGGAUCGAAUUUUGGAGGAUACUGUACCCUUGGUUGGCUUUGUUAGGAUGAUUCUUCAUUCGGGCAAAUAUGAAAGUGGUGAGAGAUUAAGCUCCGAGCAUGAAAACAUCAUUCUACAGAGGUUGUUGGCACAUCAUCCAGAGAGCGAGAAGAAAAUUGGAUGUGGAAUUGAUUACAUCAUGGUUGGACACCAUCCAGAUUUUGAAAGCUCAAGAUGUCUAUUCAUUACAGUUUUAUCAACCAGCAUUUUCAAAGGCGAAGGCGUCAUGAUUGAAGGACCUAUUCAAAUGGGAUAGUGUUAAUGAGUCAGAGAUUGGAAGCCAUUUUUUGGUACAUGUUGUACAUGUGGAAAUAACCAUCUUUUGGAUAAAAUAGUAUCUGAUCUAUUGUUGAGUUACACAUUAAAUUGAUGUAAUAAAUAGUCCAAGUUAAAUUGUGUGUUAAAUUUGUUAUGUACUUAAAAUGUAUCAAAUUCUUGAGGAAAUGUGUCAUGAUG